CUCUUGUCUCGUUUUAAGUCUCCCUUCACGAACUAAUGGGGAAGAACCUGGUUUCUCUCAGUGGUGGAAUUGACCCACAUAGAUCCUAUAUUGUUCCUCAAUUGUUCUUCCAAUUAGAUUACUUCCCCAGUAACGAAUUUUGGGUGUCCGAGCAAACGGGCUGUAGGUGUCAGUACGAAUGGCGCCGAUUGACGAGGUUAAAGACUCGUUGGGUUGCAAUUGAAUUUUGGCCUUUGAUUACAGGAAAUAAGGGAGUGGCACUAUAUCACCAUGAGUAUAGUAGAGAAAUUGUUCAGCAGAGAGAAGGGCUCGAAAAGGUCCAGCAUAAUGCACCCGGAUAUAAUGGUAUCUAGAAUUUAUUUUAGUGGAUCACUUAACCACGGAGAAGCAGCAGUAUCUAGAAUUGCUCCGAUUGGCUGCAUUGCUUUCAGUCCAACCGGGGGAUUCUUACUCUCUGGAUCACACUUUUUAAGUCGAUGGAAUACUGAGACUUUAGAGAAGGACACAAUAUCCUUCCAAAGGAGUACUCAAAUACCAAUAACGCAAGUUGCUGUUAUGACUGAUGAGGGGAAGAUAAUAUUUUCGCUUUCAAACGGCAGGGUCUUUCUUGCACAUCUCCACCACAAUGGUGGAGUUGGAAUUACACGAUUGGGCAGUCAUAUCGAAUCUGUCAGCGGUCUUAUCAGAGACACUGACAAUCCGAAUCUGGGUUAUUCCUGUGGACAAGAUGCGUUCAUCAAAUGUUUUGACAUCCGAAGCCCUCAUCUUACCAAUCUCUUGGAGUGUUAUAGGUUUGAAAACAACCCACCACUUCGCCUUAGAUUGAAUGGCAUCUUACAGAAUCCUGACGAUCCUAUGUGCAUUACCGUCUGUGGAAAUGAUCCAUAUGUCAGAGUUUACGAUACCAGGGUUUUGAAUGGUCUUGAUAAAGUUUACUUGCCGCGUGAUCUAGCUAAUGGAAGUACUGCUUGCAUUAAAGGCAUAGCGUAUUCGAAGAUGGGGCAACUAUUGGCUUCUUACAACAACCAAAAGAUUUAUAGGUUCCAACAGGAAAUGAGAUUAGAUCCAAAAUCAAUCCGUCUUCCCUUGCAUCUCAAUGGUGUGCCAAUCUGUCUCAGUGAAGCUCGGGUUUAUCAGGGUCACACGGAUGAUAACCAGUUAGACAGACAUGACAUAACUUUCUUUGGUUCUGAAGACGAGUACAUUGCCU